AUGUUGACAACACUUCGACUUUUAGUCGGUUUUUUGAUUUUAGAAGCAAUAGUUUUAGGGCAGCCGAUCGGCAUUGAUGGCAGAACCAAUUUGGCUAAUAUUAUUUUGAGAUCCCAGCAAGCCAAUUUAGAUGGACCUGUACAUCUGGAAUGUUUUGAUUUAUAUUUACCCCAACUAAAUGAGGUUACAAUUCAAUAUGAAUUUGAAUUUCUGCAGUGUUUGCAAAUAGCUGAAAUUGCCAGGCAAGCUGUGGAAGAUGAAAUGGUAUUUGAGCGUCAAGGUGUAGAAAGUGGUGCGGAACAAAUUUGUACUCUGUAUGGAAAUUGUGUGGAAACAUUGUUGCCUUCAGAUUCAUUUGAGUGUUUUUCAAAUGUUACUCUGGAGGUCCAGUCAAUAGCUUUUAACAUGCAGCAGUUGGCUACGAGUAAAAGUCAAUACUUAAAACUGACAUAUCAGAUGAUUUUACAUGAUCAGAAUAUAUGUACCGAUAGAUGUACAUAUGCGUAUGCCCUGAAAACAUCAGCUCUCUAUGACUCAUUACAGUUAUGCCUUUCUGGGGGUGUUUAUACUACAUCGCCGUUGCCAUCUACUGAGGAAAACAUCACUAAACCUUUUACUGAAGGGCCCACUGAGCUUCCAACAACACCUGAAAAAACUACACCCCCUGUAACAGAUCUACCCACUGAGCUUCCUACAACAGAGGCAACAACUACUGAACCAGUAACAGAAGAACCUACUGAACUUCCAACGACAGUGGAAAGAACUACCGAAGAACCUACUGAGCUUCCAACAACACCGGAAAUUACUACCGAACAAGCAACAGAAGAACCCACAGAGUUUCCAACAACAGCGGAAAAUACCACUGAAAAUGUCACCGAAGGAACCUCGGAGCUUCCAACAACAGAGGAUAAAACGACCGAACCAGUAACCGAAGAACCUACUGAGCUAUCAACAACAGCGGAAAAAACUACCGAACCCAUUACAGAAGAACCCACUGAACUUCCCACAACAACCGAAAAAACUACCGAACAUGUUCCAACAACAGAGGGAAAGACCACUGAACCUGUCACAGAAGGAACUUCGGAAAUUCCAACAACUGAGGAAACAACUACCGAACCAGUAACCGAAGAACCCACAGCGCUUCCAUCAACAUUGUAUACCACUACCGAAGCUGCAACAGAAACAUCAACUGGAACCACAACAUCAGUGGAAAAUACCACACAACCGGUUACUUCAGAAACAACCGAGUCGUCAACCACUGAGGAAAUAACAACAACAGAAAUUUCUACCACAGAGACUACAUCGACGACACCUCGCAGUCCUCCUGUUCCACCCACAUUUUAUCCCGCUAGUACUACACCUAAUAUCAUUACACCAUUUGAACCGGAAUUUGUAACACCUACUAUGGUUCCCACACCACCAACACCUUCAACACCUAAUAGUACAGAAUCGGGAUUUCCAACACCACCGAAUGUGAAUUGA